AUGUUCGAAGCGUUUUGUGGCUUCUCGGAGCUUACAAGUCGGGAAGGCAUCUUUCAAUUUUGGAUUGGUCUUCAACCCUUCGUCGUGCUCCACACCGCAGAAACUAUAGAGCCUCUCCUAUCAAGUAACUUAAACAUUGACAAAACGGAAGAGUACCACUUCAUGAAUGCAAUUUUAGGAGAAGGAUUGUUGACGAGUUCCGGUGCAAAAUGGAGAAAAAGGCGGAAAAUGCUCACCCCUGCAUUUCACUUCCGAGUGCUGGAGAGUUGCAUGACUAUUUUCAACGAUCAGGCCAGAGUGUUUUUGCAUAAACUUCACGAGUCUUCGCAUUUGGAUUAUGUCGACAUAUUCCCGAUGAUGACACACUGCAGUCUGGAUAUCUUGUGUGAAUCAGCGAUGGGAAUUAAACUGCAAUCGCAGGAAACGUCGAAAUACCACUAUGUACAGAACUUGCACUCGAUCUUGACCGUCGGUAUGGAAAGGCUGAACAAACCCUGGCUCUGGUGGAAUGUCGCUUAUAGCUUGUCACAUCAAAACAGAAAUUUCAAGACCACAGCCCUGCAAAUCAACCAGUUCGUCAGAGAGGUAAUUCAAGAAAGGAAAAAGGUGCUGUGCAGCGGGGAACAGUCUAACGGACCAAAUUGUGCUAAAGCUUUUCUGGACCUUCUCAUCAAGCAUCACAUUGAAGACAGGUCGUUUACUGAAAAAGACAUCAAUGAAGAAGUCAACACAUUUUUGUUUGCCGGACACGAGACUACUGCGAUUGGAAUGACAUACGUUCUAUACCUCCUCGGUCUUCACCCGGAUAUCCAAGAAAAAGUCGCUCGGGAGCUCGACUCCAUAUUCAUGGGCGACACGGAAAGAGAAAUCACGAGAGAAGAUAUAUCCGCCAUGAAGUACCUAGAAUGCGUGAUCAAGGAAUGUCAGCGUCUGUACACCAUCGUACCCAUCUACGGGAGAAGAAUUGAGGAAGACAUGUCUAUUGGAAACUACCAGGUGCCCCGCGGGUGCACAUGCAUCAUCCUCAGCCAAAUGGUUCACAAGGACCCGCGAUAUUUUCCCAACCCAUCAGUCUUCAACCCAGACAGAUUUCUUCCCGAGAACUGCAAGGGAAGGCACCCGUAUGCCUUCAUUCCUUUCUCAGCGGGACCCAGAAACUGCGUAGGUCAAAAGUUUGCGAUGAUGGAAGAGAAGGUCUUGGUGUCGGCCGUGCUCAGGCAGUUUCGGAUAAAGUCGCUGGACCACCGAGACCGGCUCAUUCUGGUGCCGCUCCCCCUCCUGCACCCCCGAUCCACCCAAGGAGGCAUCCGGAUCAGGUUCACUCCGAGGGAACGCCGUCAACCCCCGGCAUGAUUAGCUAUAGCCACUGACGACUGCAGAAGCGAAGGGUGUGGCUUACUAAGUUCACGCU